AUGCCCAAACAAUGUCAAUGUACAAGUGGUAAAUGUGGAUGUGGUGCUGGAUGUCAAGGUGGUUCAUGUGAAUGUCAAGACACUUGUUCAUGUAAAUGUGAUUGUAAAUCAUGCUCACAUGAAGCUGGAAAAUGUUCGUGCGAAGAUUGUGCACAAACAGGCAAAUGUAUAUGUGAUUCAAAUUGUCGAUGUUGUCAACCUAAGACAGAAUGUGACAAAGAUAGCUGUAAUUAUGACAAAUGUCAAUGUGCACCAGGGACAUAUAAAUGUUGA